GCUGCGAUUUGGACCAUUUGGUUAAAAAGAGUAUUUUGAUGAAAAUAAAUGUGUUAACAUAAAAUUCACAAUGUAUUUAACAGUUUGGCUUCUACUGGGAUGCGCAAUUUUUUGCGUUUAUUCCAUAGCUCGGUUUUUUAUCAAGUUCAAUCGACGCAAGCAACGCAUUUUAAAAUAUGUUGAACACUUAUCAUCACCAAAGGAAUAUCCAAUCAUUGGAAGUGGCCUUCGAUUCUUUGGCAAAAGCAGCGAAGAAAUGAUGAAAGAAGCGGUGGAGUUUAUGGAACAAAUGAACACGCCAUUUUACGCUUGGUUUGCUGGAGCUUUGGUGAUGGUCAUCGAUCAUCCAGAUGAUGCAUACACUGUGCUGACCUCGAAAUCGUGCAUGGAAAAAGCAUUCGUUUACAAAUUUUUCAACAUGGGUGCAUCUUUGUUCACUGCACCAGUAAGAGUCUGGAAACCGCACCGCAAAAUCCUCAACACAACCUUCAACUUGAAGAUUCUUCAGUCAUUUGUUCCGAUUUUUUGCGAAAAAGUCAAGUAUUUAGUUCGAAACUUGGGAGAAAAGAUUGAUGACGAUUAUUUUGAUAUAACGCCAAUGGUUCAUACCUGUGCACUGGAGAUGGUAUGCGCCACCACAAUGGGAGCUGACAUAGAAGCGCAAAAUGGAAAGAAUGCCGACUACGUUGAGGCUUUGGGCAAUUAUUUGGCCGGUGUUGCAAAGCGAACAUUCAAUUUCUUCUAUCACUUUGACUUCAUUUACAAAAAUUCGCCGCUGUAUCAACAGGAUCGUAGAUACACGGAAAUUGCUGAGCGUUUGCCAUGUAGAGUGAUUGAAGCACAAAAGCAGGAAUAUUUCCGCGAAAAUCCGAUUGGAAGUGCCGAUACCACACCAGAAAUCGAUGAUGAGGAUGAAGAUCGUUGCUAUGAGAGCCCACAAAUUUUCUUACGACAACUGUUUAAACUGUACAACAAGGGAUUGAUCGACGACAAAAAUAUUCGAGAUCAAGUUUAUUUGAUGAUUUUUGCCGGCAAUGACACCGCCUCAUUAACUUUGUCCUAUGCCCUUUUGUUGUUGGCGAUUCAUCCCGAAUAUCAAGAACGAGCAUUUGUUGAAGUUGAUCGAGUGUUCCAAGAUGCGCCAUGUGAUGAAAAGAUCACCUACGAGCACGUUACCAAAUUGGAAUUCAUAGAGCAAAUCCUACGCGAAACCCUUCGUCUCAAUCCAGUUGCGCCCUAUAUAUUACGUUGGUGCCGUGAAGACACAAAAAUCCGAGAUUGUACAAUUCCACGCGACACAACGGUCAUUGUAAAUCUGUACACAAUGCAUCGCCGUGAAGAUAUUUGGGGCCCAACGGCCAACGAAUUCAAUCCCGAUCGAUUCCAUCCAGACGAAGUAAAAAACCGAAACCCACACGCAUAUGCACCAUUUAGCUUGGGCCCAAGAAACUGUAUCGGAAUGCGAUAUUCGUACAUCGCAAUGAAAGUAAUUUUGGCCACUUUGCUGCGGAACUAUCGCUUCACAACCAACCUCAAAAUGAGUGACGUACGCAUGCGCUACGAAAUUACAUUGAAAAAUGUUCGCGGAAAUAUGGUGCGAGUGGAACGACGAACUGAUAACUAGUUGCAUCUGAUUACGUAAUACUCAAAAUGAAAUGUUUUUUUUUAUUAAACGAGCUCAGCCAGGGCCUUCACAACAUUGCG